GGCAAGCCCCCAGCCCGUAUUCGGAGGGAUGCGGAGCGGCAGUGGCGGCAGCGGUGGCGGAGACUGUGGCUUUAAGAGCGCGCAGGGAGCGCUAGAGUCUGCCGCGCAGUCCUUCACCGCCAAGCACUCCGGAGCAGCCGAGCCCGGCGCUGGCCGGACCGGGCAGCCUACCGCCAGGCUGCUGAGAACCAGCUCUAGAUCUCUACUAGAGAGUCCUCCUUCUGCAGACAUCACCAGUGUGUGGAGCUUGCCGCACACCCGCCCCCUGCCAAACCACGGCCUUUACCUGUGUCUUUCGCUGUUUCCCGUGCGACCCAUCCUGUGGGAGUGCCUCGUGGGCUGCCCCGGAGUUCGCCCCACGCUCAGCAGCACCAAUGGUGAAGAUGACAAGAUCCAAGACUUUUCAGGCAUACCUACCCUCCUGCCACCGGACCUACAGCUGCAUCCACUGCCGAGCUCACUUGGCCAAUCACGACGAGCUCAUUUCCAAGUCCUUCCAGGGAAGUCAAGGGCGAGCCUACCUCUUCAACUCAGUAGUUAAUGUGGGCUGUGGGCCUGCAGAAGAGCGGGUGUUGCUAACAGGACUACAUGCCGUUGCAGACAUUUACUGUGAAAACUGCAAAACCACUUUGGGCUGGAAAUAUGAACAUGCUUUUGAAAGCAGUCAGAAAUAUAAAGAAGGCAAAUACAUCAUUGAACUAGCACACAUGAUCAAGGACAAUGGCUGGGACUGACCUGAUAGCAUCCUUCCGGUCCAGCAUCCAUGUGAAUGCCACCCAACUGAACAUUCUACCCAAGCGUGAGAGAGUGACUGAACACACUCGGUCCCAUCAACUUAGGGGCCUUGCCAUCAGGGGUCAUCCUCCCACCCCGACACCAUCUUUUUUGGUGACUGGCCUCUAAAUCACUGUCUCUCUGUCUCUUUGCUUUGUAUCUGUUCGUGAGUUGAUCUUGGCUUCUCUGUUCUAGUGUUGGCUGAAAACAGUUACGAGCUGGAACGGACCCUUGGCUGCAUGGUGGCAGCCUGACUUGAAAAGGGGGGGGGUCCCCUGCCCACGUGGGAACUGCCUAAUGGCCUGUCAGAACAGUGGCACAUGGGCAUGAGGAACAGAAAGGGGGAACCUGAGAGUCUUGGGAUUGGGGGAGGGGCAGGAGGGUGGGACAAAACCUUACCACUCUUGGAGACCUACUAACUUAGGCUUGAAAUAAUUGACUCCUUCAAAAGGACAAAGAGAAAAAAAAAAUACCUCGCGGCUUUUGUUCCCUCUGAUGACACACUCCUGCCCUAGCAUCAGAUGUGCCAGGACAGCACAGGAAGCAACCCUGAUUCUAGCUAAUGGGGCAGGACCCUGGCAUUCUGGACCUGGACUGGAGAAGGUCCUGCUUGGAGAAUGGGGGUUGGGAAGUGUGUGUUGGGGGGGUUAAAGCUCAGUGGGAUUUAAUGACUCUGCCCUCCCCCCUCCUGGGCAGUCACCUUCUUGGUCUUCUUAGCUGUCGUAGGUUGCAGGAAAUGAGGCAAGAUGUGAAUGUCCCAUUUAGCCCAAAGCACAGUAAACAUCAGUAAUGGAGGAGAACCAGGAGCAGGAGGCUUUGCUGUGGCCUGGGAGCUCCUGACAGCAAGCAGUAAAAAUGCAGAGGCAAGGUUCUGGGAGGAACAGUUCAGGUUGGAGCCAGGGCAGGCUUGGCACAUCUUUCCUCAUCAGUAGCUUCCAUGGGACCAGCAAUUCUUUGUGCACAGUGUUUGAGGUUCUUUGUUUGUUUAUUUGUUUUUGGUUUUUUCCCCCCUCCAAUUCUAUCACCAUAACCUGGGAAACAAAGAUCCAAGAUUCCAAUCCUCACGCCUCCAUUCUUAGCCCUGAAUCUUCUAUGUGAAUAGACAUCUUUGACAGUGUGGUCCAGCAGUGGGGAGGGAUUACAGGUUCAAUAUUACUCCUUCACCCACUACACCCAAGCUUCCUUGAGUUAAGGUUGGGGAGGAAAGAAAAAAAAAAAUCCCUCUAAAUCUCUUGAAAUGAAAAAAGAAUUUAUUGUAUGUAAUCAACACUGUGAAGGCUGUUUUGCAUCAAUCCAGCUAUUAUGUGGAUCAUGGCCGAAACCCAUUUGAAUCCAUUUUGUUUAUUUCUUAGGCAGAAAAUAAUGUUAAAAUAUGGGCAUAUUAGGUACUUCUCAGCAUCUUCUUCUCUAACUAGGCUGGUCAUACAGGAAAAUUCACCUCUAGAAAAAAAAAAAAAAAGCCCAAGAAAAGAAGGAGCGAGAGUGAGCUCGUGGAGAUAAGAGCCUGUAGCCUGGCUGAUCAAAGCAUCCCACCAGGGACAUUCUCCAACCCGCAUCCCCAGCAGGACCACAGUCCAACAGGGAGAGCCAUGGAGGACAUGGCUUUGUCCUGAUCCAGAAGUGGACAAAUUGAGACUAGCCAGGGCAGUAGACUGCCUGUCUUCUGGGAUACAAAAGGAUUCCUAGAAACAGAAUUGUGUUCCUCAAGUCUGCUUGUCCUGGGCCCUGGAAGGCUAGCUCUGCCCCCACCCCCACCCCGCCCCAGCCACAGCACAGCAAGGCCCAGCGAGGGCCAGAAAAACCACCCGUGACUCCCAGGCUUAAGUGGUCAGUGACACACAUUUCUCCACUUUCACAUUCCUAAGCUGGCUUGCCAGCUUCGAGAGUCAUCCAUUGUCCCCUCCUUAUCCUGUCCGAGGAUGUGGCCUUCAUUAAGGAUUUGAUUGGACCCUUUGCUCAGGGAUAGCUACAUACACACUACAAGCCCUUUUUUUUUUUUUUUUUUUUUUUUUUUUAAAAAAAAACUAGGGGGUGGGGUUAAACCUAUAUAGUUUCUUUGAAACUAAAGUUGGUGACUUGCAGAAACUGGAUCUGUGGUACCCUGGGAUUCUCUGUGGGGCAGAGAAAUGAGACCAGUUUGUACUAGGGGCAGGUUCCUACAAGUUUGGGGGUGGGACCAAAACUCUCAUCAGGCUUCCCUUUGUGAUGGUGAAACCAAAAGUGCUUCUUAUGACCAUUCUUGGCUCCACUCACAGCUUGUCUACCUAACACUUAGCAGUAUUAGGGAGUCCGCAGCCCAGCGGGCGGCAGAGGCUCAUGCACCCAAGGCCUCUCUGGUCAGUUUAUUUUUAUUUUUAUUUUUCCUCACCAAAUGAUUGACUCAGCAUAACCAAAGACCUCACCCCUUCACUCCACAUAGGUUCAGGGAAUGGGAAAUUGAUUGGGUGACCUUGGGCAGGGGUAGGCAAAGACAGAAGAGAGGAGAAAGGGAGGGCCUAAAGGUCUGUACCUCAACCACCAGCUACCUUCAUUUUGAAGUCUAGCUGACCAGCUCUCGUGCCACCUGCCCUGUGCCACUGUGGAUAACGGGGCUGUUGUCACCCUGGAAUCCAUCCAUCCCAUCCCACCUCCGUAUCUCCCCCAGGCUGCUGAUGAGUAAAUCAACAUGAGUCAAGUAUAGCCAAGCUUGAUGCUUGCACGCUCGCAGCGGGACCUGGCUGAGUACCGACCGCCCCAGCUCCUAUGACAGAUCAUGUAGAUAAAGUAAAAAAAAUCUUAGCUGGUGGGUCAAUGUGUACAAAAGAGGUGUCCCCUUUAUAGUGAGAUUUCCAAGUAUAUACAUAUAUAUCUAUACAGUCGCUUGUGAAAUAUACUUUUGUAAAUAAUAUUUAAUUUUUUAAAUAAUAUAUUUGGUGCUGUAUUCUCAGACCCCCUGAGAGCACUUUUAUUUUCAAUUCGAUAGCUUCCUCUGUGUUUCUCAGAGUAUAUUUUAAGGGAAAGGAUAAUCAAGAUACUCUUUUUUUUCAUUAAGGAUCUGUCACUAUAAAAUGGAUUGAGGCUUUAAAGCAUUUUUGCAGUUUUCUGUUUGCAUUUUUACCCAGCAGAGCAGACUAGUAAAUUACCAGGUUGUGAAUUGAUACUUUCUUGCCCAGUAUUGGCUAGAAAAGAAACAAGCUCAGUAGUAACAACUUAAGAGCAAUUACUGUAGUUGGGAGAACUUCCAAAAAUUGGAAUAGACUGAGUGUGUGUGUGUGUGUGUGUGUGUGUGUGUGUGUGUGUGUUUCAUUUUUCUGUUUCCUUUCCUACUGAGGACACUAUGAACUACAGUUUACACCUUAGGCACAGAGUUUUCCCUCUCUGGUUUUCGUGUGUGAGUGGACCAAGAGCCUGAAGCAAGAUUUUCUUUCCCUGAGGGGGUAGCUGUGGCCAGUCCCUCUUCUGUGUGUUCAGCUUCUACAGCCAGUGAAGCAAAUCUGUGAAGAGUGCCAGAAUGAAGUCUGUGCUUCUGAGAUGGGAGCAGCUCAGCCGCGCUCACAUCCCAAGGUUCUGGUUGUUCUAGAAGCUGCGUCAUGUUAGAAGUUAAUGAGUUCAGGUUAAAAGGAUAGUAGUAGCUUUUUUUUAAAGGUCAGAUUGCUUGGGGUUCAGGCAGAGGCUGGCAAAUCAAAUCUUGAACACGCUUUUAUAUUUAAAAAAAUCUGCCUCAAUGGAAAUACUAGUCCUAUGACUGGGAAAGAUUGUCUUUGAAAUCGUGGUUGAUUAAUAAAAUUACUAUAUAGUCAUGAAACGUACUCAAAAGGCGUUGUCCUCCUGGAGUUAGAUCUGUCCAGCGUCUUACAGCGGUUUGGUGAGAACAGGAGUCAGCUUCCUUUUCCCAGCCUGCAAAGAUUGUGCAACAUGGAUCUGUCCGUCUGUCUGUCUGUGUUUACAAACGAUUGGGUUUGGAAUUGCUUUUGUUAUUUCUUUUUUCUUUUUUUUGUUCCUUUCUUGGGUGGGAAUUUUUUUCCCCCAGGUCACUUUGCUUCAAUAACAAAGGCAAUUGUUUUUGAAUAAUUUGUCUUCACCUCCUUCCGGUAUUUGUACAUAAUGAUUCAGUAUUAGUAGGAAGUGCGUUAUUUCUGUCAUUGCUGAUCUGUGUUGGUGCUCAUUUGAGAAAAUAAAGUUUUCAAAAACUAA